GGCGACCCAGGGAAUGCUGGAGAAGCAGGAGAAAAGGGAGAAUCUGGACCUCCUGGAGAGACACGAAACGAGUACAAGGGAAUUUUGAAAGGCGAAAAGGGUCUCCCUGGUCCACAAGGCCAAAAGGGAGCCAUUGGAAGCAAGGGAGAACGCGGACGUGAAGGCCCUAGAGGCCCAACUGGGAUCAAAGGAUUUUUGGGACCGAAAGGUAUCAAGGGUCGAACAGGUUUGACUGGUCCCCACGGAGGGCCUGGAGAUAAGGGCGUAAAAGGCUUGCCGGCAGUGCCUUCCAUUGGUUUGAAGGGUGCCAAAGGACAGACAGGAAGAUUUGGAGAAAUCGGCGAUCCUGGUGGAAAGGGCGAAAGCGGAGAAUGUCUGGUCAGUCGGCCAAUUGAGGAACCAAGUCGAAUGGAAAAAGGUGACUUUGGUGAUCCUGGCCUACCUGGCGAAAAGGGAAGCCCUGGAGACUCUGGCGAAAAGGGUGAUUCAGGAGAGGCUGGGGACCCUGGAAUGCCGGGUGCCAAAGGAGAACGAGGUUUACCAGGACGAAUAGGUCCAAAAGGAGACCAGGGGGACAUAGGUAUUCCCGGCCCAAAAGGAGAUGAAGGCCUCAUUGGUGAGCCUGGAGAAGAUGGUGCAGCUGGUCUGAAGGGUGAGAUCGGUCCUCCUGGUGACCGGGGCAUGAAAGGUAGAAAAGGUGAAGCCGGACUUCCAGGAAAGCCAGGAUCUGGAAUUCGUGGUGAAAAGGGGGAACGCGGUCUGCCAGGAAUUAAAGGAGAAAAAGGCCACAAGGGCAUAGAUGGCCUUAUGGGAAAGCCGGGAAAAUCAGGCGACCCUGGUCCAGCUGGGCCACCCGGAAGCAAAGGCAGCAUUGGUCCUAAGGGCUAUCAAGGCGAGCCCGGUGAACCUGCACCUAAAGGCAUCCCAGGCCCACAAGGAAACGUUGGAGAAGUUGGAGAAUCAGGUAAACCAGGACCAAUAGGCUCUCUAGGGGAUUCUGGUCAAUGCAUCGGUACCCCACCUCCCGGAGAUAAAGGUGAAACGGGUCCAUGGGGGCCUGUUGGCAACCAAGGCCCGAUAGGACACAAAGGAGAAAAGGGUGUAAAGGGAAUCCAAGGAAUUCCAGGAAAGUCUGGUGCUCCAGGUCCCAAAGGAAAGACAGGACCUGAAGGAGAAAGCGGCAAUGUGGGUCCAGAAGGUGAUUUUGGACCCCGUGGCGAAUGGGGAGAUCGUGGACCCCAGGGUCCAAAAGGCCUUCCUGGAGAGCCAGGCAAGAAAGGUAAGAAAUAA